UCUAAAUGUCACAAUAUUUGGGUUCGUCGUGGAAAGCGUAGUGCAGUGAAAAGAAAAUUAUGUAAGAAAAACAAAAAUAAACCGAAAUUCCAAGUUGUGAAUGCAAUUUAUCGCAAAACGUUAUAUUAUUAUGCCUACUGGGCGUGCUGUCCUGCUGUUGCGGCGUCUUUCGACGGGUGAUAAUAGGUUCAAAAGUCUUAAUUUGAAUCAAAAUAGUGCGAAGGAGCCGUUGGUUGGAAACCCGGUGUGCACUCACCGAGAUUUGGUCUUGCCAAAAAGGUUGUCGACAUUCGGACCAAAUAAUAUUGCUGUUCCACAACUAACAAGGAGUUUCAGUGACAAUAAAAUAAUAAUGGCGUCAUCUAAUGCGGAAAUUCCGCCUACAGAACAACCAAAGCAUACUAAUCGUUUAAUUUCGGAAAAGUCUCCUUAUCUCCUCCAGCAUGCUCACAAUCCUGUUCAAUGGUACCCAUGGUGCCAGGAAGCUAUUGAUAAAGCCAAAAAAGAAAACAAGCUUAUAUUCCUAUCUGUAGGAUAUUCUACUUGCCACUGGUGCCACGUCAUGGAGAAAGAAUCUUUUGAAAAUGAGGAUGUAGCAAAGGUAAUGAAUGAGCACUUCAUAAACAUUAAAGUAGAUCGUGAAGAAAGACCUGACAUUGACCGCGUCUACAUGUUGUUCAUACUGGCGACGAGCGGCGGCGGUGGGUGGCCGAUGUCUGUCUUCCUUACUCCAGAAUUACGCCCCGUCACUGGAGGCACAUACUUCCCUCCUGAAGACCGAUGGGGCAGACCAGGUUUCAAAACAAUUCUUCUAUCAUUGGCCAAUAAAUGGAAAGAAAAUCAGGAACAAUUCAUGGAAGCGAGUCUCAACAUCAUGCAAGCACUGCAAAAAAUAUCUUUAGUAGACUCUGAAAGUUCUAAUAAUUCUAUUCCUGGAGAGGCAACUUGGGAAAAGUGUGUUCGCAGGUACAUCAAUAAUUAUUAUGAACCAGAAUUCGGCGGGUUUGGAUCAGCACCGAAGUUUCCACAAGCUUCCAUUUUCAAUUUUUUGUUCCACUAUUAUGCACGUGACAAAAACAAUGCUGAGGGUAAAAAGUGCUUGGAUAUGUGCUUGUACACUUUAACUAAAAUUGCAAAGGGUGGUAUUCACGACCACAUAUCUAGUGGGUUUGCCAGAUACUCAGUUGAUAAUGAUUGGCACGUGCCUCAUUUCGAAAAGAUGCUUUAUGAUCAGGCGCAGCUGACGGUUGCUUACACAGACGCUUACCUCGCCACAAAAGAUGAUUUUUUCGCUGAUGUUGUGCGAGAUAUCAUAAAAUAUGUAAACAGAGAUCUGAGGCACCCAUCAGGUGGAUAUUACAGUGCUGAAGAUGCUGACUCUUACCCUGAAGUAGGAGCUCCUCAUAAGAAAGAAGGAGCAUUUUGCACUUGGCAGUAUAAGGAGCUGAAAUCUCUACUCGAACAUAAGAAAGUGAAUGAUUCACUUACAUACUUAGAUGUGUUCUGCGACUACUUUAGUGUAGAAGCUGAUGGAAAUGUUUCUCCUGGAAGUGAUCCCCAUGGUGAACUUACCAACCAGAAUGUAUUGAUUAUUUAUGGCAGUAAGCAAGAGACGGCAGAGAAGUUUAAACUGUCUAUGGAACAGUUUGAUCAAGUUAUAAAUGAUUGUGUUCAGAUAUUGUAUGAAGCCCGUCAAAAGAGGCCCCGUCCACAUUUAGACACCAAAAUGCUGUGUUCUUGGAAUGGUCUGAUGAUAGCUGGUUUAGCGCAAGCUGGCCAGGGCCUAGGAGAGAAACAAUUCGUGGAGGAUGCAAUCAAAACAGCGGAAUUCAUUCGAACACAUUUGUACGACGAGACAAAUAAGAUUUUAUUACAUUCUUGCUAUAGAGCUGAAGAUGGAACAAUCGCUCAAACUGAGGAACCAAUAAAGGGAUUCUUGGACGACUACGCUUUCUUGAUCAAGGGUCUGUUGGACUUGUAUGAAGCGUCAUUGGACUACCGUUGGCUGAAGUGGGCGCGCGACUUGCAACAGAAACAGAACGAGCUGUUCUGGGACCCUGUCAAUGGUGGCUACUACACCUGUUCUAUGGAUGACGCUAGUGUGGUGUUACGGCUUAAAGAGGAUCAAGAUGGCGCUGAACCCUCAGGCAACAGCGUGGCCUGUCACAACUUGCAACGUUUGGCAGCCUAUGCAGACAAGAGCGCGGCUCCCGAGGGCGGCGAUGGCGAGAGAGAGAUGGCCAUGAAACUGCUCAAAGCAUUCUCCAAGAGACUCAAUGAUGCUCCCACUUCUCUGCCAGAGAUGAUGUCUGCCCUCAUGUUCUAUAACGACUCUCCUACUCAGGUGCUGAUAGCGGGCGGGUGCUCGGACCCGCGCACGCUGGAGCUGGUCCGCGUGGUGCGGUCGCGGCUGCUGCCGGGCCGCGUGCUGGCCGUGGCCGACCCCGCCGCGGAGUCCCCCGCCGUGCUGAGCCGCAUCAGGUCCGUAGGUGACGUCCCGACGGCGUACGUGUGCCGUCGCUACGCGUGCUCCCUGCCCGUCACCGACGUGAAGCAGCUCGAGAACUUGCUCGACGAGGCGCCCGCCGCGCCCUCUCUCAACACUAAAUGAACUACAUGGAAAAUUGUUUUGUUUUGCAUAAUAUACCCAGUUGCUAUACUACUCAUUAACUACGCAGUCACUUCCUUUGCUAAAUAAUAAUUUGGCUAUUACUUACUAGAAAAAAUAGCUUUUAAGCUUGUGUGAGGUCAACCAAAUCUACACAUUUUUGAAUGAAACUUACACUUAAGACGUCAGAUCGAUUGCCAGUCGAUAGAAUUUACUAAGAGCUCUGGGCAUGUUUCAUCAAGCACAGUAACUGGGUAGACUAAGAAUACGAAUGGGUAUAUUAUGAAAACAAAAAUCUAUGGACAGCUUUAAAUCGGGAAGUGAUAAUCCAAUGGAAUGGUUUUAGUGUUACUCUUCUACUUACAAAGUCAUAAGUGAUUCUAAAAUUACAAUCUCAAGCUUAAUAAACCUAGUCAUCAUAACAUAACAAUCGUGGCAGUUGUCGUUGUUGUUAGUUAAACACGUACGAAAUCUCAUGACAAUCUCUAGGUAUUUAGUAAUCUCAACUCAACAUAUACAUAAGUACAUAUAUCUCGUUACUAACUGUCUACAAGUAAGAAAUCUAGAUGUCCACAAGGACACCAGAUGUUGUUCUAAGUAUUUCUGUCGCCAUUUAAAUGGUGUGCGCGACUUAAGUUAAAAUUGUGUAAUUUCAGUAUUCGAAUGUUUAAUCUUUAUACUGUUGCUAUGUAACUUGAUGUAGUAUUUGUAGCGUUUUAGAGUCUGUCGAUUAUAAUGUUGUCUAAAUUGUAAAAGAAUGAAAAAUAUAACAUCUCGUAAAAACAAUUGGAAAUGUUUAGUCUGAAGUAUGUGAUAGUGUAAUUUGUCAAAAGUUGAAUACGAAAUGUGCAGGCAGCAAAAACAAUUUGUAACUAGUUAGCUAGUUUAGACCCUAAGAUAACUGUCAUAAAGUAUAUUUUAUAUAGUUUGUGUAGAUUCUUACGAUUGGUGACGUAUUCGUUGUUAUUAUUCUUAUUUAUUGAUUACAUAAAAUAUGUAUAGACCUGUAGAUGUCGCUAAAAGCAAAAUUUUUUGUUGUAUUUGUGAUAUUUUUACGUAAUAAAUACUGUUACGAAA